AUGCAGCUUUCAGAGGGAAUCAACGCGGGCCAAGGACUAGGUAUCGAAAUUAUUGCUACCUUCCAGCUGGUGUUGUGUGUCCUUGCCACCACAGACCGGAGAAGGAAUGAUGUCUCGGGAUCAGCACCUUUGGCCAUUGGUCUCUCUGUUGCCUUGGGACACCUUCUUGCUAUUGAUUACACCGGUUGCGGAAUUAACCCAGCCAGAUCUUUUGGCUCAGCGCUGAUUGCCAACAACUUUGAAAAUCACUGGAUCUUCUGGGUUGGCCCAAUCAUUGGCGGAGUAAGUGCUGCCCUGAUUUACGACUUCAUCCUGGCUCCUAGAAGCAGCGACCUGACUGACCGCAUGAAGGUGUGGACCAGCGGCCAAGUAGAAGAGUAUGAUCUGGAAGGAGAUGAUAUGAACUCCCGGGUUGAAAUGAAGCCAAAAUAAGGAAGGACAAGGAAAAAAAAAAGCACAUUGGUUUCCGAAGAUUUUAUCAGUGUUAUAGACUCUUUGUAAACCCACAAGCAGUACUUCGUUUUUUAAUUCAAUAUGGUUUUCCAUUUUUU